CACACACACACACACACACACACACACACAUGCAUAUCACCUCUGCUACAUCACUCUGUUCCUCUCUGACACCAGCAGUAAUGCAGUCCAAUCUCACCAUCAGACUCUGAUUGAAUCAUUCACUCCUGAGCUGAGACGCUCACCGGGAAACAGAAUGCAGGGAAGUGAUAUGGAGGCUGGUUUGGCCCCGUCUCCUGGAUCUACCACAUCUGUGCAGAAGCUAAAAAACUCUGAGGCUCCACCCACUCAGGCCCCACCCCAAAACUCACCUAGAGAACUAACGAUCUCCACCAGAACCAAACUUCUGAAUGACCUUCAAAAAGUCCACUUACCCUCCUGGGCUUUUGUGGCGUUGGGCUUCAUCAUCGUCCUCCUCAUUCUCAGCUGCUGCAUCUGCGUCUGCAGGAAGUUUGUGUUUAAGAGGAAAAAGGAGAAACCAGGAAAUGAGAAGAGCAGAAAGGAGAGCAUCGGCAUGUCGAGUGUGAGGGAUGAAGGCAUUACACAGAUUCAGCAUCAUGAUUCCAAACCUCAGGAGAAGCAGGUGGAGUGUAAAGAGGAGGUGAAUCUGGGAAAACUUCAGUUUAGUCUCGACUACAACUUCACGGAGGACACGCUCAUUGUAGGAGUGAUUCAGGCAGAAGAUCUGGCUGCCAUGGACAUGAGCGGGACGUCAGAUCCAUACGUGAAGCUCUGUCUCCUCCCAGACAAGAAGAAAAAAUUUGAGACUAAAAUCCACAGAAAGACUCUGAAUCCCACUUUCAAUGAGAGCUUCACUUUUAAGGUUCCGUACUCAGAGCUCGGAGGAAAGACUCUUCUCAUGACCGUGUAUGAUUUUGAUCGUUUCUCCAAACACGACGCCAUCGGAGCUGUAAGAGUGCCAAUGAACCGUGUCGAUUUCAGUCAUGUGACCGAGGAAUGGCGAGAACUGCAGAAGGUGGAACACGAGGAGCAGGAGAAGUUAGGAGACAUCUGUCUGUCCCUGCGCUACGUCCCCACUGCUGGGAAACUCACCAUCGUCAUCCUGGAGGCCAAAAACCUCAAGAAAAUGGAUGUUGGUGGUCUCUCAGCGUGUUUAACGGUGGACGUCGUCCCGGAGCAGCGGUACAGAAAUAUAUACACUCAGGAUAGAGAUGUUAAAGAUCCUUAUGUGAAGAUCCACCUGAUGCAGAACGGCAAAAGACUGAAGAAGAAGAAGACGACGAUAAAGAAAAACACCCUGAACCCGUAUUACAACGAAUCGUUCAGCUUUGAGGUUUCAUCUGAACAAAUUCAGAAAGUUCAGAUCAUCGUGACCGUGCUGGACUACGAUAAGAUCGGUAAGAACGACACCAUCGGGAAGAUCCUGGUGGGAACGAACAGCUCGGGGACGGAGCAGCGGCACUGGGAGGACGUGCUGGCCAGUCCGAGGAGACCCAUCGCUCAGUGGCACGCCCUGAAACCUGACGAAGACGUGGACGCAGAGCUCAAAAAGAAAUGAAGCUUCACAUUCGAGAGGGAAUCAUCAUCAGCGUGAUGAUUCAUCUGUAACACAAAGUUCAGCUCUGGAUUUUAUUUAAAGUUUAUUGUGUAAAUUUAACGAUUAAUGAACAAGUCAGUGAAGAAAUUCUGCCACAUUUCAGUGAGUCAGAGCAAAGAGUCGACUCUUUUGACUAUCAAAAUGUUUUUCCCCCCCCACAAAACUUGUUAAAUCUUCUGAUCUUUGUUCAUCUCUUCAAUAAAAUCUUCCUCUA